GCUACCAUAAAGCCCAAACAAUGUAAACCCACUAAGGAGAAGGUAGAGAAGCGGAACAACUUAAAAUAAAAAAAUAAAUAAAAGAAUUGAAAAUUCGGACAAACGUAAAAAAUAAGAACCCUAAUUUUUAAUCUCAUUUUUUUCAUCAAUUUCUUUGAAGAUGGAGAACUCUUACUAGAAUUAGUCACUUCACUUGGAGAUUUCGUUUCAAUUUUUUUUGUUCACCCUUUUCAUUCAUCAGUUUCAGGUUUCUAGCAAAAUAAAGCAGAGAUUUUACUAGAGAUAUGGAAGUGGAUACAAAAAGUUCACUUAAAGGACGUCAAGGUACCUCCUUUAAGAAAAAGGGGUUGAACAAGAAAGGAAAAUGGGGUAACUUUAGGAAGGAACAUUUAGAGAAUACUCAGAUUCCUAACCCUACUGAUACUGUUUAUCGGAUUCUUUGCCCGUCGUUAAAAAUUGGUAGUGUUAUUGGUAAAGGCGGUGGCAUAAUAAAAAAAUUGAGAGAAGAGACUAGGGCAAAAAUAACUGUUUUCGACUCGGUUCCAGGAUCAGAAGAGCGGGUGAUUAUGAUAUAUAGUCCCCCUGAAAAGAGCUCCAAAGAAGAGACUGAUCAGGCGAAUGAGAUUUCUAUGCCACCGCAUUGUCCCGCUCAAGAAGCUCUUUUGAGAGUUCAUGAAAGGAUUAUUGAGGAAGACUUGGUUGCUGGAAGGGAAAAUGGCGAAGAUAAAACCUGCACUGUUACUGUUCGUCUUCUUGUUCCGAAUAAUAUGGUAGGAUGUCUUAUUGGUAAAGGUGGAGAUGUUAUUCAAAAACUGAGGACUGAUAUUGGUGUCGGCAUACGUGUGUUUCCCCCCGAGCAUCUUCCGUCAUGUGCUCUGCAUACUGAUGAACUUGUGCAGAUGCAAGGAAAUCCGGAUAUUCUGAAGAGAGCUCUUUAUGAAGUUUCAACUUUGCUGCAUCAGAAUCCACGCAAGGAGAAAGCUUUGAAUGUUGCCUUGCACUCUCGCGGCCCAGGUUUUUAUACAGCAGGGCCGCCUCCAAUGAACAUGCCUCCAUUUCGUGGAGGGGACCCCAUGUGGUCUCAACGAGAUGCUUCUCGACACAUGCCGCCGCCACCAUGGAUGGAGGACUAUCCUCGCUUUCGUAGUUUUGAUCAAGGAGCUUCUGAUGAUGAUCUGAUGAGGUCUGGUGUUGAAUAUUCAGGUGAAUUUUCCAUAAAGAUUUUAUGUUCAGUCAGUAAGAUUGGGGGAGUGAUUGGCAAAGGAGGCAUCAAUGUAAGACAGUUACAGCAAGACACUGGUAGUAGUAUCCAUGUUGAAGAUGCAUCUUCCGAGUCAGAAGAGCGCAUAAUACGUAUUUCCGCUUUUGAGACUUUACAAACCCAAAGAUCACAUGCCAUUGAUGCAGUUCUUCUUCUUCAAAACAAAGUAAGCGAUGUUUCUGAGAAGGGUAUAGUUACUACGAGAUUGCUGGUUCCUUCUAAUAAGGUUGGCUGCCUUCUUGGUCAAGGAGGUACAAUUAUCAAUGAAAUGAGAAGGAGAACACAGGCAGACAUACGUGUUUGUUCUAAGGAUGAAAAGCCCGAGUGUGCUUCAGAAGAUGAAGAGCUUGUGCAGAUUUCAGGAAGUUUUGCAGUAGCCAAAGAUGCUUUGGCUGAAAUUGCAUCCAGGCUGCGGGUAAGAUGCUUGAGGGAUUCUGGUACUGCAACAGAACCAGCUCCACCUCCUUCAAGACCUGUCCAAGGAUAUGGCACCCCUGGAGGUUUUCAUCGGGGAGGACCCCGAGCACCUGGUCCAGUGGGAAUGGGCUUCUCUGGCAGUUACAAUUCUGUCGAGGGCGGCGUGCACGACCACAAGCCUCCUAGUUACACUGGCCAACCAAGUGCAUCUAGGGCUCCAAAUCUUAAUAGUUCUGCUGAGGUUCACUACCCUAGUAGUGGGAUAGGAUCUGCUCCUUGGGGAGGGAGCUACUAUGCCCAUACGUCUGAGGCUCCUGCAAUGGUAAUGAAACAUCACGAUCCAUACCUUACUGGCUCGGACACAAUGGGCCAUAUUCGUGGUGGUUCUGAUCGUUAUCCUGCAGCACAAGCUAGUUACAAUACUUAUAGCGGGCCAAACAAUCCUCAUCCGGGAUCCUAUCCAGAUCCAACAGGACAAGGCUCUUAUUACAACAUACCUCCUCAACAAACUGCUUAUCAAAGUUCGUAUCAGAACCAUAAUGAAAUUCGUCAUCAACAGCAGAAUAAUGCACCAUAGUCCCUACAAAAACGCGCUUAUCAGCAGAGUGGCGGUUAUCAGAAUGUUGCAGCCCAUGGUUCGUACCAAUACUAACCUAUAUAUCUGAGCAUUUUUGUACGCUAUAGUUUAAUUAGCUUGGCAAUACAAUCUAUGGCGAGGUAGCAAUGCAGCCACGGUCAUCAUUUUGAGGCGAUUUUUUACUUUUAAAUACCCUCAUGUAAUUUCACCUUUUAAUCUUUCCUGCGUCUGUUUUGCUGUAUUGAGUAUCGUAAUCAUGCUUGUCUGCCCAAGCGAAACUGUAUGCAUAUUGUAUUUUUCAAUAUCCCAACAUUUAUGAUGUGCAUGUUUUACGUA